AUGAAGGGGAAGAAGUUGGCUCUGGGCCUAGCGCAUCUUAUUGGUCCGCACAAAGCGGAUGAUCGCGCACCCUCAUCCACCCCGAAUGAGACUCCACCACCUUCGCCGUAUCCCGGACGUCGAGCUCCUCUAUCGUCAAAGGUCGAAGCCGAUCUACGUCUAGCCUGUGCUGGUGUUCUGGUCAACACCAAGCCUUCGCAUCAAUAUGUCCCACCCGAUGAGCCCAAGCAAGCACUCGACUACGACGCCAUAAAGAGAUCUGCAUCCACACGCAAGUCGCAAGACUCUCGUCCCUUCCCACCUCGUGUCGAUUCAGCCGAAGACAAACACCCUCUGAAAUAUGCAUACCGUCCAGAUGCUGCCAUUGACCAGCUCUUCUCAAAGACGGAUCCAGCCAUUGAUCCUGUCCAGUCUAUCCUUGGCAGAUCCAAGUAUGACACGCCAAUGGGCAGCCGUGCAAAGACGCCGGUACCCAACAACGUUCUGUCUCCUGCCAGUGAUGCUGCUACACGUCCUCGUGUCGUCAAGCGUUCUCUCUCUGGCGAAACCGAUGGUUCUACCCCAAUCACGGACGCGACAGAUUACCACUGGAGUACUUCAACAGCCCCCACUUCGGCUGCCAUCACACCUGCUCGCACCUCAAAGAGAACGUCCUCGCAUGCACCUGUCGAGCAAGAGCUGGCCAUCAAGGAUGCUGCUUCUGCUAUCGAGUGGAUGCGCAAUGAACUUGAGCGUCGUCGUCAGAAACAGGAUGCUGAAGAAGCAGAACAACAGCAACAACAAGCUGCACUUCCACCAUUGUCUCGUGCACCUAGCAGGUCACGAAGCAUUCGGAGCAUCAAAAGUCUUCGCGACAAAAUCAAAGAAUACAUUCGUCCGUCCAGCUCUGGAGGUCCUAAUGGAGAAAACAGCAGAGCACCUAGCAGGUCUGCUUCGCGCUCUUCAUUGCGCUCGGACUCAAGGUCUCAAGAUCCAGACAUUCGCGGUGGUUGGAGAAGUUGGGGACGUACCCUGAAGAAGGAGCACGCCCAGACCGACGUGAGCAGAUCAAAUUCGAGAAGAGGAAGAGGUGAAAGCCCGAAAUCUCCAAACGCGAAGAAGUCUGAGAUCAAUCUCAAUCGCGAGCUACCUCCCCUUCCCAGUCUGGACCAGUGGAAGGACGAGCCACUCGCUGCUCCAACGCGACCUGCACCUCAAGCGCCUUUAUCCACACAUCCUCCUCCUCGUUCUGAACACAGCAAGAACACCAAAUCAGUGGAUAGUGCAAUGAGCGAAAGAGACGAAAUCAUCGCAGCUCGUCUUGGUUCGCCUGUCAAACAAAAGCCAGAGGUCUAUAUGCCUACCCGCUCACCUCGUCAUGCUGCAGCUACCAAGAUGCCAAAUCUUGCAUCCGCUCAUACCAGUGACAAGCUUACAUCUGGUGCUCUUCCACGCAGCAAGUCUGCACGUCGCAACCGGACUCCGGAGCCUGCGGCAUCAACUGUGCGGGCCAUUUCUUCACACCAAAACGGUGACCUCGCAAGUACUCGAUUGCGAUCACCAAGCAAUCCGGCAUUCUAUUCUGUGUCCACCGGAUUUUCCGAGCACCGCAAUUACGACAGCUCAAACAUUCCUACCCCACUGGGUAGCAUCAGCAGCACCUCUACGAAGACUAGAGCAAAAGAAAGACCCGCCACUUCCUCGAGCAAGCAUGAUCACAAACGCCGUCAGGUAAAGGAUGUAGUAGUCCGAUCUCCUCCGCCUGUACCACCUAAGGAGGCCAGCGAUAAAAAAGCAUGGUGGAAUCUCAAGUCCAAGAACAAGAAGCCUGCGACUUGGAUGGAUCAGCUCGAGAAGCUGGGUGGAGUCAAAGAUGGUAUUCUAAUCGCUGAUGAGGCUUGCAGCGCACCUCAUAUCCGCUACUAA